AUGAAUACAUUCAUCAAACAUAGCCAAAUAUUACUUCGUGUUAUUAGUCUAGACUUUGUCAAGUUAUCAACUGUAUCUUCUUCUUCUUCUUCGUCUUCCUAUAUUCUUCUUACUAACAAAACAAAACGUUUCCACAGUACUCAUAUCAAAUUAAGUAUGACUGGUCAAAGUAAUCAAGAAACUAAACCAUUGUUUGAACGUUUACCACAAACAAUUGUACCAACACAUUACGAUGUAACUAUUCAACCGCAUCUUGAUAAGUUUAAAUUUAAUGGUGAUGUUAAUAUACAUUUAAAAAUUAAAGAACCAACAGAUAAAGUUGUACUUUAUGCGGACGAAUUAGAAGUUGAUCAUGCCAAAAUUAAAUCAAGUUCAAAUGAUGAACAAAAAGCUACAAUUGAUUACGAUAAAGAAGGUGAACGUAUUACCAUCAGUUUCGAUAAAAAACUUGAAAAAGGUGACUAUCAAUUAUUAUUGAAAUUCGCUGGUGAAAUAAACAACCGUAUGCGUGGUUUUUAUCGAACUAAAUAUACAGUACCAGAUAGUGAUGAAAUUCGUUAUGGAGCUAGUACACAAUUCGAACCUGCUGAUUGUCGUCGAGCAUUUCCAUGUUGGGAUGAACCAAAUUUUAAAGCUACAUUUGACAUAACAUUAAUUACACCAAAAAAUCUUCGUGCAAUUUCAAAUAUGCCAGUUAAAUCCGAAAAUGAAUAUGCUGAUAAUAAAGAAUGGAAAGUAACAAAAUUUGAUCGUACACCAAUAAUGAGUACAUAUCUUGUUGCUUUUGUUAUUGGUGAAUAUGAUUAUCUUGAAACAAAUGAUUCAAAUGGUGUUAGUAUGAAAGUUUACACACCAGUUGGAAAGAAAGAACAUGGACAAUUUGCAUUAGAUACUGCAGCCAAAGUCCUCCCAUUUUAUGCUGAUUAUUUUAAUAUUAAAUAUCCAAUUGCUAAAGCUGAUCAAAUUGCUAUUGCAGAUUUUGCUAUGGGUGCUAUGGAAAAUUGGGGUUUAAUAACAUAUCGUGAAACAGCACUUUUAAUUGAUCCAAAAUUCUCAUCAAUGGAUACAAAACAACGUGUAGCUAUUGUUGUUGCUCAUGAGCUUGCACAUCAAUGGUUUGGAAAUUUAGUAACUAUGGAUUGGUGGACUGAUUUAUGGCUUAAUGAAGGAUUUGCAACAUGGAUUGAAUAUUUAGCUGUUGAUAAAUGUUAUCCAGAAUUUGAUAUUUGGACACAAUUUGUUGCUGAUACAUUUGCACGAUUUCUUGUACCCGAUGCUUUAAAAUCAUCACAUCCUAUUGAAGUACCAAUUGGUCAUCCAGCUGAAAUUGAUGAAAUUUUUGAUGCUAUCUCAUAUUCAAAAGGUUCAUCAGUUAUUCGUAUGUUACAUGAUUAUAUUGGUGAUGAUGCUUUUCGUAAAGGUCUUCAUAAUUAUUUAACUGAAUAUAGUUAUAAAAAUACAGUUACUGAAAAUCUUUGGUCACAUUUAGCUAAAGCAUCUGGUAAACCAGUUAAUGAAGUUAUGUCAUCAUGGACACUUCAAAUGGGUUAUCCAUUAUUAACUGUAACUGAAGAACAAGUAGAUAAAAAACGCGUUAUUCAAAUUACACAAAAACGUUUUAUUGCUGAUGGUAGUGUUGAUGAAGAAAAACUUCAAUGGAAAAUUCCAAUAACAGUAUUUACUAAAUCAAAUCCAAAAAAAAUUGCACAUCAAGUAUUAAUGGAUAAACCUGAAAUAACAAUAACAUUAGAUAAUGAUAAUGUUCGUAUGCAAGAUUCAAUUUCUGGUCUUGUUGGUUGUACAUCAAGUCGUGAUGGUCGAGAUUUAGUUUGGAAAUUUUUACAAAAAAAUUGGAAAACACUUGCUGAACGUUUUGGUGAAAAGAGUAAUUUUCUUAUUGCCUUCGUUGAGUAUGGUUUAUCUGAUUUUGCUGAUGAAAAAAUUGCAACUGAAAUAAAAACAUUUUUUGAUUCCGUUAAUACACCAAUUGUUGCACGACCAGUUAAGAAAGUUCUUGAAACAAUUCAUAUGCGUUCAGAAGUUCUUAAACGUGAUUCCAAAGCAAUUGAAGAAUUUUUAAAACAACAGCAAUAA